CUCUCUUUCUCUCUGUAUGUGUGUCUGUCCUAGGACAAGAAGAAAAAAACAGCAGCAUCCAUGGCUGCCAACAAGUUUGCUACCAUGUUGCAUAGAAACACCCACAAACUGGUUGUAGUUCUAACCUAUGCAAUCCUUGAAUGGGUUCUGAUCCUCCUCCUCCUUGUCAACUCUACUUUCACCUACCUGAUCGUCAAAUUUGCGAAUUACUUCGGCCUCAAACCGCCCUGCCUGUGGUGUUCAAGGGUCGAUCAUGUCUUGGAGCCUGGCAAAAGUGCAAACUCCUAUAGGGAACUUGUAUGUGACGUCCAUGCCAAUGAGAUUUCCAAAUUGGGAUACUGUUGGAGUCAUCGAAGAUUGGCGGAAUCAGAGCAUAUGUGCAUUGACUGCUUGGCUUCUCUACCGAAUCAAAACAAUGAAGCCGGUGGGAUUACGGGAAGCAUCUCUUUCAUUUCACUGAUGGCUAAGGACAAACUUGAAGAUGUUGAAAAGGUUGUUUGCCGUUGUUCCUGCUGCAAUGGAAGCUUGGGCAGCAAAUUCUGCCCUCCUUACCUCCUGUUCAAGUCUUCUUGGGGUGCUUUGAACUAUAACCGGAAAGGAAAUUCGAUUUCAGAAGCUGUGGAUGGUGAGAGUAAUGAAGAAGGUGAGCACAAAGAAUAUUGUAGCAGACUUCAUAGCCCGGAAAUUUGCAGCGAAGAUGAUUACGAGAUCAAAGGAAAUGAUGGAGAAGAAAAUCUUAAUGACAAGAGUCCUGCAGAUGAAUAUCAUCAACUGUCUGCUGAUGUUGAAUGUUUUGGCAUCAGAGAAGAAGUGGAGGAAGCAGCAGCUCAAACUCUCAACAAUGCUCAGAAAGAAUUCAGUGGAAUGAAUUAUCAAUCCACCAGUGAUAUACUUUCUCGGAUUUGUUCUCCCCAAGAUGAUUCUCUUAAAAUCAUGGAUCUUGGAUUUGAGAGAGCUAACAGUUGUGAUCUUGACCGCGUAAUUACCAUUGAAUUGAUUGAUGCAGCAACAACUGCGAACCAAGGAUCUUGCAAUUCAAAGAGGGAAUAUCUAAGAGGAUCCGAUCACCAAAAUGAAAACUCUGAUCCGGUAUUACAGGUCGAAACAGAAGGAAAUGUCUUAGGAGAGGCAUUACUACUAGGGGCAGAUGUGCGAGAGGAGGAACCGGAAAGCUUUCAGAUUGAUCAUGCUGUACCCGGUGGAAGCAGUGACAAAGAAGAAGCAGCAGCCAUCGAAGAAACGGAUGGCUAUACAGUUUGUGCAGAAGAAAUAAGUAGGCAGCUUACACUGUUGGUUAAUGAAAGGAACCCUCAAAAUCAAGAACCAGCUCAUACAUUCCUAAACACUCAGCAAGAAGAAUCUUUGAAGAUUGACAAUACUGAUGCUGAAAUUUCUGCUUCUCCUGAAGCACCCUUGGCAGGCAAUGAGUUCGAUGCAAACCACACAGGAAAAGAUUAUCAAGCAGGGAUAAAUGAUCAUCUAUCGAUCCAAUUGGAGCCUACGAACGAUGCAGAGGAGGAAAAGCUUCCUGACACACCAACCUCUCUUGAUGGUCUCCAUUACUUACACAAGAAACUGCUCCUACUUGAGAAACGGGACUCAGGGGCAGAGGAUUCAUUAGAUGGAAGUGUGCUCAGUGAGAUGGAGGGUGGUGAUCCAGUUUUAACGAUUGAACGGCUGAGAGCUUCAGUGAAUGCCGAACGACGAGCUCUGAGGACAUUAUAUGCUGAACUGGAGGAAGAAAGGAGCGCCGCUGCAAUAGCUGCCAACCAGACAAUGGCUAUGAUAACAAGGCUUCAAGAAGAGAAGGCAGCAAUGCAGAUGGAAGCUCUGCAAUACCAAAGGAUGAUGGAAGAACAAUCCGAAUAUGACCAGGAAGCCUUGCAGCUUUUGAAUGAGCUCAUGAUCAAAAGAGAGAAGGAGAAGCAAGAGCUCGAGAAAGAGUUGGAAAUAUAUCGUAUAAAGGUUUCCGAAUACGAGACUAAAGAAGAAUUGAGACUGAUGAGAAGCUCUAAAGAUGGAAGCAUAACAGGUAGAAACUCUUAUGUCUCCUGCAGCUAUACAGAUGAUGGUGAUGACUUAUCGAUCGAUCUAAAUCGCGACACAAGGGAUGAAGAUAGUAGCAUUUGUUGCAAUCAUGAUUGUAGCAUCAAUAGCACUCCUGCUGAUACAGUUCUAAGUUUAGAGGAAGUGGCGUUGGAUUGUGUUAAACACAUGACUGCACUGGACGACUCGCUGGCGGAAUUCGAAGAAGAGAAGUUGUUCAUUUUAGAUCAGCUCAAGGCACUGGAGGAAAAGCUUAUUAGAAUUGACAAUGGUGAGGAGGCGAACUCAAUUGAGCAUUCAUUGGAGUAUAAAGUCGAUGAACAUGACGAAUAUCGUGACUGCAGCAGUCCAGAAGAAAAUGGAGUUUCAAUGGAUAAAAGCUACCAUGAGAGAAAAACAAUGGUGUCCAUGGCAAAAUCCUUACUGCCUCUUCUGGAAGCAACUCCUGAUAGUGAAUCUGAAGAAAAGUUUAUCCAUUCAGAGAAUGCUAUCUCUGAAUCUGCUGAAGUUGAAUUGGAUAGCAAUAAACUAGCCAUAAUCGAGGAAGUAGAUCAUGUUUAUGAGAGGUUACAGGCUCUUGAAACAGACAGGGAGUUUCUAAAGCAUUGCAUGAGCUCCAUAGAGAAAGGAGACAAAGGUAUGAAUCUUCUCCAAGAAAUUCUCCAACAUCUUCGUGAUCUAAGGGCGGUGGAACUCCGCGUGCAGAGCUUGGAUAAUGUGAACUGAACUUACUCAACAACAAGAAAGAAAACGAUCGAAGGCCAAGCCAUCUCUUCAUUGGGGAAGAGGGUCGCCAGGUUUAUUUUAUUUUCUAAGAAAACAAAGAUGGAAAGUGUAAAGUCCAAAAUUUUGCAGUAUCUUCAGUAGUUGCCCUUACUGUGUAUUCUUGUUCUUGUAGUGGAGGGCUGCGAAUGAUUGAAGCUAGUCUUUGCAGUAUGUGUUCUAGGGUGGGUUGGUGUGUCUAUAUUUCUUCAAACUGUGGGCUAUUAUUAAAUGUCUCUCUCUUUUUCUUUUUGUUUUUCCUUUUGGUUUUUUGUUCUUUCAUUGACAAU